AUGUUCGAUGAUUUUGUGAACCUAAUCAUCACCUAUUGCGAAUUAACUUGUGAACUAAAAGAUCUUGCCAUCACUUACAUGCACAGCUCUUUUGAAAAUCAGAGGGUCUUGCCAUUUAAGAUAACUGAUCAGGUUCGUUUGCGUGCUUAUUUGAAUGAUGUAGCUAGGCCCAUUUUAAGGGUAUACGUUGUUGGAAGCCCGGUAGAGAACCACAAUUUAUCUCAAGACCAACAAGAUGUGUUAAAUGAUGAAUUAGAUGGGGUGGAUGUGGAUAUCCCAGAUAAUGGAAGUGGGGCUGACCCGAUUCCUAUACCCGAAGUUGCGAGCAAUACAGUGGGCACUACACAAUCAAUACAGUCUAGCCAUGUUCAAGAUGAUGAAACAGGUUUUUAUAAAGGAAUGUCAUUUAAGAACAAGGAAGCACUAGCCACUUGGUUGAAACUUGCUUGCUUGAAGAAAAAAAUUAGAAUCAAGAAGGUGAUUAAUUCGCGUACUGUGUAUUGCUUCAGAUGUGUACAUCCGGAGUGCAAGUGGUGGCUGAGGGCUGUGAAGCUUUUAAGUUCUGACAGAUUUUGUAUCAGAACCUACAUAAAGCAUCACACAUGUGGUUCUGAGCAUAUUACGAGCCAUAAUCCACACGCUACUGCGAAAGUCAUUGGUGAAUACUUCAAAGAUAAGUUUCCAUACGGUAAAGGCCCAUCUACAAAAGAUACGAGUCAAUCAAUCCGUACAGAUUUGGGUUGUAAGGUAAGUUAUUGGAAGGUCUGGAAGGGCAUGGAGAUUUCAAAGGCUUUAACAAGAGGGACACAUGAGCACGGGUAUGCGGUGCUUGAUGCGUACCGUUAUAUGCUUCGUUCUGCAAAUCCAGGAAGUAAGACGGCAUUGAAGGUUGAUGAAACUGGGAAGUUCAAGCACUUUUUUGUAGCCUAUAAGGCUUGGAUUCUUGGUUUUGCGCAAAUGAAAAAAGUCAUAGCUAUCGAUGGGACAUUCUUGAGGAGCAAGUACAAAGGAGUGUUGUUGUCAGCAGUCGCACAAGAUGCGGAGAAUCAUAUUUUUCCAGUGGCAUUUUGUGUAGUGGACAAGGAGUGUGAUGCUUCAUACAAAUAUUUUUUUGAACAAAUGAGAAGCUAUAUAGAGGAUACCCCUGAGUUGUGCAUAAUUUCGAUAACGUCAGUAUCAAAAGGCGGUUUCAAUUGUCCUCCUACAUGUCAUUAUGGUUUUUGCAUGAGGCACCUAGGGAAAAUCGAGAACCACCUUUCACAAUGGGGUGGUCAUAUCUCAAUUUUGUAA